UUUUUAACACAAUUCUUUGUGAAAAGCCGGGCGUGGAAAGAAGUGAAAUUCUGUCAAAUUUUGUUCAAGUUUAUAACGUAAUAAACGAGAAAUGGCUCGUACGAAGCAGACAGCUCGUAAGUCAACCGGUGGAAAGGCUCCUAGGAAACAAUUGGCAACGAAAGCCGCUCGAAAAAGCGCUCCUUCGACAGGAGGUGUGAAGAAACCUCAUCGUUACAGGCCUGGUACUGUAGCCCUUCGAGAAAUUCGUCGUUAUCAAAAGUCGACCGAAUUGCUUAUUCGUAAACUACCAUUCCAGCGUUUAGUUCGUGAAAUUGCUCAGGACUUCAAGACGGACUUACGUUUCCAAAGUGCUGCCAUCGGCGCAUUACAAGAAGCGGCCGAAGCCUAUCUCGUUGGGUUAUUUGAAGAUACGAACUUGUGUGCUAUCCACGCCAAACGUGUCACGAUUAUGCCAAAAGACAUUCAACUCGCAAGACGAAUCCGAGGAGAACGUGCUUAGUGAUUUUAAAUUUACUCAACCGGACAUGUAGUUCAUAUUCUUUAUAAUGACAGUCGUAGCCUCGUAGGAUAAGGGAGACCAUUCGCAUAACUUUUGUUUUACCGUUUGCCGAAAUCAUGGACCAAUCUGUGUGUAAUAAGCUGUAAUUCUAAACGAAGUAAAGUUCAAAAACGAUCUAACAUUCGAGUUUCUCUCGCCUAUAUUUAAAGCGUGUACUUACUACCAAGUAUUUGGCUGUUUUAUAGUAUCCAAUAUGGCUUGCAGUUUAUGCUUUUGCGUGGUGAAAAUACAUUAACGGAAUCUCUUCGAUAAAACCCUUGUAAAUAUUGGCAUUUUAACAAAUGUAUAUAGCUCUGAAGUAAAACCGAAAACUUGCUAA